AUGAAUCCGGAUUAUCUAGAAGAUCAGUUGGAUAUUGGACAGUCCAACAUGAAGCAGUGUGGAUCCACUUUGAUAUGUGUUAUCGAUGCUUUUCUGGUUUCUGAUAAAGAAAAGAAGAUCAAAACAACCAAGAUUUUCUUGGAGAUAGCCGUGUGUGGUCACUAUCGGGGUAAGCUUUGCCACCGGGAGAUCGAACUUGUAGAGGCUCUUCCCCCUCCCGUGUUUGAAAAACGCAUGCGAGAGUUUGCUGGAUUGAUCUCAGUAGAAGGGGGACAUACUGGUUCCAGCACACCUACCUUGCCUUCCCAGCUGACUAUCGGGGUCGUUUCCCUAGUUCGUUUAAUGGCUCCGGAUUCUUUCGGUUUUCUUGUGGGGGUACAAGCAGAAAAAGGUACUGCCCCUAUUCGGAAAAGACGAAGUUUACGCAUGAUGCUAUCACUGGACAAAGAGACCGAAUCUGAUGUUGCGGGCCUCCGUCCUCGUAAUAUGCAUCAGACUGUGUCUAUGGCUAAGCUUCUUGGUGUUAUUGGCGAUGUUCUUGGUGAUAGGUUUUUUAUUCCUGGGCGGAAAGAGAAAGAGGUGGUGACUAGUUCUUCAAUGACACAACCUUUUCCUUUUACUAGUUUACUCUCAUUUGAUCUUAGUUUCGGAUCUGUGUUUAGGAGUGCACUGGGCUCACCUAGAGGUUCUUCCCAGCCGGAGAAGCAUACCGCGGUUAACAAAAUAAGAACUACAUCUCACACCUUGUCUUUCGAGGCCUAUGCGUCGGGAUGGGCAAUUACUAGGGAUUCCUUACUUUUAGAAGACAUCACCGCCUCAGAGUGGAGUAGUUGUGCUCACCCUCCGGCUACAAUGAAGUUGCUUGUGGGCGAAUCGAGCACUCGUAUGGCCAGUAACCUUCUUUAUCCUGCAACUCAGGCUUUUGCCCUUAUGUUUGCGUUUGCUGACCAAGUUUUCCGCACUAGCAUGAAUGAAACACAGUUAAAAGCUAAACAGAGCGACUCGAAAGCCAAGCGAGUUCUCUUGCUCGGGAGAAGGGUGUGUUAG